AUGGCCUCAUCUCAAAUACUUUCCUGCUUAUUGUUGUUCGGUUGCGUGUGUGCAGCAAAUGCAAUUGGUAAGAUUUACCUUUUAUAGUUGAUCUCAUGCCUUUGUCAGUAUCCUACCUAUAGACACAUUGUAUUAUCUUGAGUUAGCGUACUUGUACUGGGGUAAAUACAUUUGAAUUCAAUACACUUUUUGACAGCAUCCCUUUUGAUUUAAACAACUUUCCAUACGUCUUUGCCCAUGGAAGAAGUGGUCAGAAUGUGACUUUUUGGACCUGAAUGCUAAAACAUUCAGGAGAUAAAGUAUUUAUAUACACCAGCGUUUCUUUCAAUUGGGUUGCACAAAAAUAGUCCAUGGGAAGCCAGAAGUUAAAUACAAUUCCAUUUCAAUUUACUGUGUCGGUGGGCAGGAAGGUUGGUCAUUAUGACGGGUGGAAUUUGAGAUAAAAUAUCUAAAGGAUCGUAUUAUUAAACAGAUCUUCAAACGUGGGUCUGUUGUAGACGUACUUCUCUGCUUACCUCAUGUCAAAAUAAAAGUUAUUCCUUUUUUAUCCACAUGUGGUGCACGUGCAGGACUUUUAUUUUGAUAUUUAGGUAAACCUACUUUAAUCUAUUACCUAUAUUUCUAUGAUUUCAAUAGGUUUCCUAUGGAGGAUUGACAGUAUAAUUUAAAACAACAGAUAUUCCCAUUCAAGUCAACAUUCUCAGAUGUGUGGACCUCCAACAAUCGUUGAAAGUUGAAACAUCAAUUUUAUUCCCAUUUUAGUACAUUUAUCAGCCAAAACAUUACACCCACCCUCUAUUCGAGCAACCGAUGGUGGACACAACACAAAAACCUCAGAUUAUGUAAAAUAGAGUCUACAAACUACAACAUAUGCGAAAAUUGUUAUGAAUUGUUUUUAUCGAGGAAUGUUUAAAUAGUUUGACAACCCAAUUUGUAAGCUUUUAAAUGGGAUCAAUCUCAAACGUUUAUCUUUUCCACUGAUGAAGACAUGGAUGUCUAAUGGUAUGGUGGGGUAUGCAAAAUAAGUCAACUUUGAGCACCUUUACCUCUUGAAUAUUUUGGGGUGCUGUCAAAAAGUGAUUGAAUUCAAAUGGAUUUACCCACUGGUUAGUCGCAUCAAUGACUCUGUCUUAUCAUUUAACAUAAAAAGAAGUAUGGUGCAGCUGUUUAUUGUAGGUGUCAAUGUUUUUUCACCUGCCUGGAAUAUGUAUUUUGUGUGUUUUUAGAAUGAGUAGCCUAGUUAGAACAUGACCCUGUUUGUGAUAAUCAGACCAAUGAAUAAGAGAGGGAAAUUCAAGUUAAUAGCCUCAUAAUUCAACUAUAUUUGGAUCAUUUAUUUUUAUCAUGUCAUUUUUUAACAAUACAAUUUCUGUUACAUGUUUAAACUCAAAGAACUCUGCUCAAGAUGAUUAUGUUAAAUGUAGCUUAUUUAUAGUAGCUUAUUGUAUGUUGGGAAUCGCCAACACACUGUCCAAUAUUACAGAUCUUUAUCAGUGAUGUUUCUCUCCUGUUUCUUAUCACAGGUAUAGGACGUGCGUUCAUCGGGGUGGUCGACCCUCAGGAUGCCGACCGCGUCACGGUGGACAAGGCAACCGCGGAAACGCUGCGGAGCAGUCUGACCACGGUGUUCCUCCCCAUUGUCUACAUAGUGGUGUUUGCUGUGGGGCUGCCCACCAACGCCAUGGCCAUCUGGGUCUUCCUGUUCAGGACCAAGAAGAAGCACCCUGCCGCCAUCUACAUGGCCAACCUGGCUCUGUCCGACCUGCUGUUUGUCAUCUGGACGCCCCUGAAGAUCGCCUACCACUUCAACGGCAAUGACUGGAUCUAUGGAGAGAGGCUGUGUAAAGUGCUGGUGGGCUUCUUCUACGGGAACAUGUACUGCUCCAUCCUUUUUAUCACCUGUCUGAGUGUGCAGCGCUACUGGGUGGUGGCUCAUCCUCUGUCCCACCAGAAGAAGAACAGCAAAAUGGCCAUCACUGUCUCCGUCUCUAUUUGGGCCUUCAUCUGGCUCACCACCACCCCCCUGUACCUCUACGACCACACGGCCAAGCUCAUGGACCUCAACAUCACCACCUGCCAUGACGUCAACAUCAUUCAUGACCUGGAGAACCCCUUCCCUGACGUAGCGCUCCCCUACUUCUACUUCGUCCUCAUGGCCGGCAUUGUCUUCCUAGUCCCCUCCCUGGUCAUCAUCUUGGCCUACAUUCUCCUCCUCAAGGCCCUGGGGAACUCCAUGACGGACGGGAACGCUGGGAAGAACCGUCAGAAAGCCGUGGUGCUGAUCGUGACCGUGCUGGUCACCUUCCUGGUGUGUUUCGUCCCCAGUAACAUCAUGCUGGUCAUCCACUACACCCUCCUCAAGGACGGGGUGAUCAACAACGGCUACGGCUUCUACAUCACCACCCUGUGUCUGGCCAGCCUCAACAGCUGUCUGGAUCCCUUCAUCUACUACUUUGUGUCUGAGGACUUCAGGGACCAUGUGAAGAACACACUGCUGUGUAGAAGCAGCAGGACGGUGGAGAGGAUGAGGGUCUCCUUCAGCUCCAUGAAGUACUCCAAGAAGAGCAAGGCCUAUGUGUCUGAGUCAGGGAACACACAGAGCAGUACCUGCUAA